ACAGCUAAUUUGCAUAUUUAAGUUCUCUCGUUUUAAAUAUAUGUUCGUUUACGUCUGAAAAGUAUCCCGGCGUCUAUUAUAUGAGCUGUGGGGGUCGGGACGAGACAAUAAGGUUAUUUAAGUUAAAGAUAUCGUUUCGUUUAAUAGAAAGUCUGAAAUGUUUGAAUAUAUAGGAGCGCAAAAUUAUGAGAGCAUAUUCAUCGGUGAACCAGACAUAGAGAUCAUAAGUGAAUACGUUGACAUCGAUUGCUUGAAAUAUGGCACAGAAACGACAGCGCGAAGAAGAGAAUUUCUACACCUAUUACAAAAAAGAAGCGCACAGAAGAAGAAGACAUCAUUCAAUGGACACAAGUACCUGGCGGAACGCGCGCCAGGUGCUGGUCCUUCACGACAAAGUCUGUGCAGAAUUUUCAUCGAGUUUGUCCAGGAGGUCUGGCAAUAUGGGUCGGACCGUUCGAGGGCUCAACACCGCCAUUAGCAUCGUUGGCAACAUCAGUGGCGGAGCAGACUCGUCACACAGGAAAAAUGCGAUCGUGAAGCUGCUGAGAGAAUGGAGCAUUACACUCCAUAACGAUUAUCUACAACCUACCCGAAAUAAAGUGCAGUACGUACGCUACAUGUAUAAGACUGCAGAGUUUAAUAUUCCUGAGAGUUUAAAAGCAUUUAUUAAUGCUGAUUCAAAAGAUGUGAAGAGAAGCAUUGAUCAUCGUGUCUUAGAGAUCCGGAAACGAUUCCAAAGCAAACCUUCCGAACAAAUUUGGGAGAAAACAUUGCUUGAAGAAUUCGGUAUUGCCGGUAUCAAUGAAAUCACCAUCAGACGCUCAUAUCGUAAUUGGCCGACAACAACGAACAACUCGUUAAAGCAUCUAAUGAAGACAAUGACAAAAAAUGAAGACCCCCCAAUGAAGGGGACCCGUGCAUACGGCAUCUUAAAAAGCAUUCUAUCAAAUGCUGCUGAAAGCCUAUAUGGUGGAAAGUUGCUAUCUAAGAUAGAAUUAGAAGCAUAUUUACUGUACGCUGCUCUUGAAGCUAGACACGGUAAAAUAAUGCUCUCACCGCACUUCCUUUUCGAAGGACAGGCUGGUGCUGGUAAAAGCUUGGUAGCUAAACUUCUCUUCCCUAAAGAAAUCGCCAUGAUUAUGGUGAAUGAUUCAAAGGGUGUGGGACAGUUUGAGUUACACGGUCAACAAGUUGCAAUACGAGUUGACGAAGCUGGCGAACAUUUCUGGGGUUCUCCAGAGAUACUAGCCACCAUUUAUACAAUGUUCCACAAUGAGUGGAGCGCUAAAGUGCACUCUACCCGAAAGGAUCAGAAUGCAACUUUAGCCUUCAUCACUACUAAUGAUGAAGAUGCACUGUCACAUAUUGUUGGUGUUGCUGAUGAAGACGGUGCAAAAAGAAGGUUUCUCGUGACGAAAUUUGAUAAUAAAUUAAGUCACGGGAAAAAAGAAGAGAUUACGAAUGACACUUGUCAAGAACUGUUAGAAAUAUGGUUCAAGAAAUUUGACGUAGCCGCAGCAAAGAAAGCUAUGUACGCAAGACUUGAAACAGAAGAUCAGCCGCCAAUCAACUAUGACGAGAUUAUACAAGCAUUGGAAAAGUUAAAAGGAAUCCGGCACAGAUACCCGGCACAAGUACAUGAAGAUGCAAAGGCUGGGGACGAAUUUGUACACGAGGAUAAUAUGAAGAGAGAAAAAAGAAUAAAAUGUAUCUACAGGUUUGGGCAACGGAUAAAGAGAUCACUAAACCAGGUUACUUGGACUCGAGGACUGUGGAUCAAGUCGAGUAAACUCAUUGUAUGAUCAAGUAAUCCUGGAGAAUUCACUUUGCAAAUUAAACUGGACCAUGUUCACCUUAUUUUGUAAUGUGGUCAAAUCUGUCGCACUGGCAAGCAGACAAGCGUCAUCAGCAAAUAAUUUGCUCAAAAGAUUUGAGCUGUUAGAUAAGUCGUUUAUGAAAUUCAGAAACGCAAGAGGUCCAAGUACAGAUCCUUGCACAAUUCCACAAUGAAUGGGCAUCAUUGGAGAUCUAUUGGAACCCAAUUCAACGUAUUGGAAUCUAUUGGCCAGGUAAUCACAUAGUAAUUUGCCCGCGGUACCUCUGAAACCGUAAUGUGCUAACUUAUGAGUAAGGAUACUGUG